AGGGGGUGGGGCGAAAUUAGUUCGCCGGCGCUGGGGAGGGGGUUUGGGCGCCAGCCGUGAAGGGAGGGGGGAUUUUUCGAGGUGGGGGAGGGGGUUUAAGGGGAGGGGAAACGGAAGGAGAAGGGGCUGGGGGUAGGGGAGGGGGGUGUCGGAGGGUGGGGGGGUGCCCUCGCCGGCGAAAAUGGACCACCGGCACAGGGUCUGGGGGUGGUGGCUUGUGGUUAGCUGUUGGGGGGUGGUAGAGUUUUUUUUUAAUUUUUUAUUUAUUUUUAAAGUUUUUUUUAAUAAUUAAUCAACUAAAAUUACAACAACCAAUUAGAGGCUGCCACGUGGCAUAUUAAUCAUUAAUGACUAACAGUGUUAACCGCCGUUAGUCAUUAACAACAUUUGGUGACAUUUUUUAUAAACUCAGGAAUAUUUGGUGAAUUUGAAAGUUUUAAUGGGUAUUUGGUGAAUUAAAAAAUAAGUAUUUGGUGAAAUUUCCGUUUUUAGUAUAAAAACUCCUCUCUCUCUCUCUCCUCAUGACUAAUGACCAAUUGACCAGGUCAUCCAUUCACCUCACUCUAAAUUAUAAACUUUCCAAGCUCAAAUGUUAUUCGAAUGUUUGCAAUGAAAACCCAUUCCUCAAAAUCUUCGUCGAAGACUACUCUACUCAGCUGACACACCUAUUCCAACACAGUGCUAUUCCAACGGUCGAUUAUUGUCCUUUCCUCUCACCUAUUUAAUUCAAAUUCAUCCCUACCUUCCCUAAUUUCAUUAACCUCUCCUUUCCACCAUUAAAUUACAGUACAACAUCUAAAAGACUAAAAAUACCAAAUUCAUUACUCAGAAAAACAACUAAUUAAAAAAGAAAAUGGGAAAAGUGUCGUAUGAAGAAAGUCGCCAAAAAAGAGUUGAAGAAAAUAAGAAACGAUUGGAAGAUCUCAAUCUCAUUCAUCUUUCUCAAUCUCUCAAAAAUCUUUCCCCCAAAUCGUCUCCCAUGAAGGUUUGGAAGCCUCGGACAGUAGAGAAGAAAAUGGUGGCCGUUAGACGAUCCGCUCGAGUUGCUAAAAGUCCUGCCCCUGUUUAUGUUGAAGUUCAUUUGCCUAGAUUGGCCUCGCCUAGAAAGACGUAUGGGGUAGUAAGAGGGAAUUAUGGAGUAGCAACAGAAGAAGAAAGAGCAUAUACAAUUGAGAAAGCGGAGAAAUUGGUUGCUAAGCUUGAGGAGGAGGGCUACCCUACUGUCAUUAGACCAAUGCUUCCUUCCCAUGUCACUGGCUGCUUUUGGCUGGGUCUUCCUAGUGACUUUUGCAGGACGAGCUUACCUAACAACGACGCAACAAUAACUCUGGUAGACGAAGAGGGCGAUGAGUACCCGACAGUAUACUUACCACGCAAAACUGGACUAAGUGGAGGUUGGCGCGGCUUUGCUAUGGCUCAUGAACUUGUUGAUGGGGAUAAUGUCAUUUUCCAAGUGAUCAGUCACUCGAUUUUUAAGGUAUACAUUAUAAGGAGAAGAGACGAUGUAGCUCUAGAGGAAUAACUAGCCGCAACUGCAAAGAUCUUUUAGAAAUACAAUUCUGCUGGAACUCAAAAGAUCUUUCGGGUGCAAAGAUCUUUCAGAAAUACAAAUCUGCUUUAACAGCAAAGAUCUUUCAGAUUGAGUUUUUUUCUAAAGUCUUUUGUGAUCCAAAAACUGAAGCAUCUACUUGUUAAUACUCUAGGCUUUUAGCUAGUGUAACAAUUUUCCAUAUCAGGUGUAAAAACCAUGAAUCAAAGUUUUUCUUGUUAAUAUUCUAGGCGCGUUUAGCUGAGCUAGUCUAGUACAGAUGGAGAAUUUCAAUUUCAGGAACUAUGAAAUUAAUCAAUUAUAUCAUAAUUUUGCUAUGAAACCUGAACAUGGAUGUGAAACCUUUUUGCUGAAGUUGAUCAAUUUUUCAAUUGUGGAC